AUGUCUAGUGCUGUAGUGGUAAAUUCUGUGAAAAUGCCGAUGUCUAGAACACAGUUGUUUCCAGUUUCUUCUCAUUCUUACAUCCAGGAAGGUGGCGGUGGCAGUUUACCACCCCUGAACAAGGGCUCGCUCAAAGAACAGAGCCCCCCUGCUGCCUCCACAGCUUCAUCGGCUAAUUCUGCGGGUCUUCCAGAGCUGUCGUCCGUCGGGGGAUCUUGCGUACUGCAAUGCAUGCAGUCUCAUAUGACUCGAGGAGUAUCCCUUACCCAAGUAAAACCUUCAACAGUUCCUGUUUCAGCAACAGAGUGCAAACCUAAAACGAUGGUCGCGACUCCUGAACAAGUUAUGAAACUAUACAUGAACAAGCUCACACCUUAUGAACAUCAUGAAAUUUUCAACUACCCCCAAAUCUAUUUUAUUGGUGCCAAUGCUAAGAAAAGGCCUGGUAUAAUCGGCAACCCAAAUAACUGUGAUUAUGAUAAUGAUCAGGGUUCAUAUAUACACAUUCCACAUGACCAUGUAGCCUAUAGAUAUGAAGUUCUUAAAGUGAUAGGCAAAGGCUCCUUUGGACAGGUGGUAAAGGCCUAUGAUCACAAAAACCAUAUGCAUGUUGCACUCAAAAUGGUUCGAAACGAAAAAAGAUUCCACAGACAGGCCCAAGGUGAAGUCCGCAUAUUAGAACACUUAAGAAAACAAGACAAAGACAACACAAUGAAUGUUAUCCACAUGCUGGAUUCAUUUACCUUUCGAAAUCACAUGUGUAUCACGUUUGAGCUACUCUCUAUAAAUCUCUAUGAACUUAUCAAAAAGAAUAAAUUUCAAGGGUUCAGUUUGCAACUUGUCAGAAAAUUUAGUCAUUCGCUGCUGCAAUGUUUAGAUGCCCUCAAUAGAAACAAAAUCAUACAUUGUGAUAUGAAACCUGAAAACGUUUUACUCAAGCAACAAGGCAGAAGUGGUCUAAAGGUAAUAGAUUUCGGAUCAUCGUGCUACGAGCAAAAUCGCGUUUACACCUACAUCCAGUCGAGGUUCUACAGAGCUCCAGAAGUAAUAUUAGGAGCACGUUACGGCAUGCCCAUAGAUAUGUGGUCGUUGGGCUGCAUCCUUGCAGAAUUGUUAACAGGUUUCCCUCUUCUACCGGGAGAAGACGAGGCCGAUCAGCUGGCUUGUAUAAUGGAACUCCUGGGUUUGCCACCGCAAAGGUUGCUAGAUCAAUCCAAACGAGCAAAAAAUUUCAUCAGCUCGAAGGGCAUCCCGCGGUACUGUACUUGUUCGACGUUGCCAGACGGUACGGUGGUACUGAGCGGUGGUUUAAGCAGGAGAGGAAAGCCUAGAGGCCCGCCCGGUUCUAAAGACUUGAAACGGGCUUUGAAAGGUUGCGACGACCCGCUGUUUCUUGAUUUCAUACAACGAUGUUUGGAGUGGGAUCCGGACGCCAGGAUGACACCAAGUGCGGCUUUGAGACACGGUUGGUUGAGGAGAAGGCUUCCUAGGCCGCCUAACGAGAAGGAACAAAAUAGCGCCGGCAUGGCCAGAUCGACACCAACUGGUCCUCGGACGCCCAAAUCAAGCGGUUUAUUUUCAAAUAGUCGUGUUCAACUUAACGAUGACAGGUCAUCAACACUACAUUCAGGAAAACUACCGCCGGUUACGUAG